AUGACCUCAGCUGCACCCUCUAGCCCAGGUUUGGAGGACCUGAGGCCUGUGUCACGGGGAAUCACCAUCGUCCCCAGGAGCAGGAGCGUGUCUCGUACAUCUAGCCAAGACACUCAGAGGAGAAAUAACCUCAAGUGUGACUCCGCCUCCUCUGUGCAGUCGGUCGCUGAUGAGAGUCUUUCUUUAGUGGACAUUGAGAGGAUGCUCAUGCAGAAGGUGAAAGACAGAAAAUAUGACUUAAAGGCAGCUUUCCGUGCUUUUGAUGUGGAGGGCAGUGCCACUGUCACUAAAGGGGAGUUUCGCCGAGUUGUUGAGGGCUUUCUUGUGCCGCUCACUCAGUCUCAGUUCGAUGGCCUGUUUGCAAAGGUCCCCAAGAGACAGAAUGGAACUGUACCCUAUAUGGAAUUCCUAAAACAAUACUGCAAGGUCUCAUCAUCACCACCAAUUAGGAGCAUGUCAUGCUACAGAACUACAUCUGGGAGCAGCAGUCAGCACGGUAGGCCGCUCGGAGAGCUGCAGUGCCGCUUGAAGGACAAGAUUGGAGGAAAUUUGAAAAACAUUACAAGGGCUUUUCGCCUGUUUGAUUAUAACCGUGAUGGACAAAUCCAGCAGCAUGAACUGCGGAGAGUUCUGGAGAGUUACUGCUUUCCUCUGAGCCACCAGGAGUUUCGCAGGCUAUGGGCGCAUUACAGCCCGAAUAACUCACAGACGAUAUCCUACAAAGAGUUUCUUCAGAGGCUUGGUGUUGAUUGUGAGAACUAUCAAAAAAUUGCCCCAGAUUCUACAAAACUUGCUUUGAACUGGGAUGCAGCUAACUGGUCUAAAGCAAGACCCAAGAGCAGGACAUCAGCUCAGGAGACUUCGUCUGUGAUCCAGUAUAGUUUAGAUGAAAUCCACACCAUGUUUAUGAAGAAAAUGACUGUAAAUUAUCCUAUAGUGGAGAAAACACUUCAAGCAUUGGAUAUCACAGAGAGUGGUAUUGUCUCAUAUGAUGACCUGAAGUCUGUCUUGAGCAGUCUCCUUUUUCCAAUCAGUCACAGCUCAUUUUUAGGCCUCCUAACCAGAUUUGGAGUGAACACUGAAGAGCCUUUACAAUGGAGAAAGUUUAUUGCUCUGUUCAGGGAAGAGGUGCAGAUGUUACCUGCUGUGAAAGAUGCAGGUCCUGCUGCCUCUAAGAUAUCCAGUAUUGAAGAAGUUUUGCCAAAGUUAAGAGAACAGAUACUUGAGAUGUUUCCUCAUCUGCAGAGAGCCUUUCUGGAGUUUGAUGAGAACAGAACUGGGCUGGUCAGUCAGGGUGAUCUGCGGAGGCUACUGGAGAGUCUGACCUUCACUCUAACAGAUGAGCAGUUUAGAGGACUGACAGAUCUUCUCCAUGUGCCACACUCAGGCUCCAUCAGCUAUCAACACGUCCUGGACUUUUUUCAGAAGGAAAGGCCAGUAGAAGUGGUUCGGGAACAGAUCAGCAAGUAUACAGAGAAGCCAGUGGCUCCGACCCAGCCUACCGCUCAAUCUCAUUCAGCCACAGCAGCUUGGCCUGUAGUGGAAGGAGUUCUUAAGGAUCAGUUGUCUGAGCAUUAUGCUUCACUGAUGUCAUCUCUGAGCAAGACGGACCCGACUCAGUGCUGCAUCGUUCCUCCUGAAGAGCUGAGGAAGCUCCUCCAGCAGUAUGGAGUACCACUGUCUGACAGUCACUUUAACAAGCUCUGUGAACCUUUUAUGGAGUCCGGAGCAGUGAACUAUAAGCUGUUAUUAAUGAGCCUUAGCAUUUCCGCAAGGAACGGCAAGACAAAGAGUGUAAAGGGUCUUAGCUUGAUUGAGAGAAAUGAGAGCGCUAAUCAAGCUGAUAUGGAGAGUGUUAAAAAGCAAGCCGUGGUGGACGUUGUUCUGAAGAAGCUCAGAGACAGGUUGCAGAUGCGUGGACUCACGGUUCACCAGUGCCUGAUGGAUACCAGUAGAAGCUCUGCAUUAGUACUUGACCUGAGAGACUUCCAGAAGAUUCUGGAUGAUUGUAGAAUUUCUCUGCAAGCACCACAAUUUCAGACUCUCAUCCAGUCUCUUGGCUUCCUUGAUGGACCGAUCUCCUUUUCAGACUUUAUAGACAAAUAUGAAGGUGCUUUAGCAAAAGAUAACAACGAAGAAACAAUCUCAAAUAAUAUUAAAGCCGGAAGCUUUAUGUCUGCGGAAGACUGUUUAAAUCAGCUUGAGGAACGAAUCAAAGAACAUCACAAGGAUGUUUUAACAGCGUUCCGACUGAUGGACAGAAACAGAGAUGGGCUGGUGAACUACAAUGACUUUAGAGUGCUGUUUGACAGCCUGAGAUUCGUGACUAAAGAAAAGGAGUACCAGAGAUUGCUCGAGCUACUGGGCUUUAAGCCUGGCUCUACUAUUAACUAUGUUGAGUUCUACAACAGGAUUCGGUCUGACAGGAAGACUGGAACUAAUCUCAUCACUAGUAUGACAGCUGAUCAGUUACUCGAUCGAGCUUGUGAACAGGUUCAUGCCUAUCUGGUGGCCACUGCACACACAAGAGGGUCUGAGCUAUCAAAGGCAUUUAACCAGUAUGGUGAGGAUAAUGAAAGCAAGAUCACCAAGAAUGAGCUGAGGCAAAUUCUUUACAAGUACUACUUGCCCAUUUCUCCAAGAGAAUUUGAGAAAAUAUGGGAAAGGUACGAUGAUGAUGGGAAAGGAUAUGUCACUCAGACAGAGUUCCUGAACAAGCUGAAUAUCACACCACAUGAGUCUACACAGUCUCCAGUGACAAAGACCAUCUACCGAACAACCUCACAGGACCUUCUAACUGACACUGAACUGAACAAUCUGAAGGAGUGUUUAUUGCUCCGGUUUGAGGAUGUGCACCAAAGUCUGGCGGAAUUGGAUAAGAGCGGAGAUGGUCAUGUGUCCGUAAUGGACCUGUUGGUUCUGUUACAGACACAAGGGUUCGAGAUAGAUGACCAUCAAUUAUUGGGUCUAAUCAACAAUCUAGGACUUGAUGUCUGUAAGCUGUCAUACUAUGAUUUUCUGGACCGUAUUGCUGGGCCAAGAGUCAGUUGUAAGUCUGGUAUGGCAUCUCCAGUCAGUCAAUCUAUGAUAUCUUCUGUAACGGAAGAUAGUGUAAAAACUCUCAGCCCUGACAAAGCCUUACAGAAGGUCAGAGAACUCGUCACAAACUCCUUGGAUACUCUAUCCAAGGCAUUCACUGCAUUUGAUAAGACUAGAAAUGGCAAGAUUGCUCAGGCAGAGUUUCGGCGAGUGCUGGACCAUUUUUGCAUCAAGCUCUCCGACGUACAAUACAGACACCUGCUAGCUAAGCUGUCAAUCAAAGAAGAAGAAAGCAACGUAGACUGGAAGCAGUUUCUGCACAUCUUCAAUCUUCACAAUCAAGAGACAUCUGAGGAAUGGCUGGAGAAAAUCAACAAGGUACGCUUCCCUAAUCAGACAAGUCUUCUGCCAAUCAGCGAUAUACUAGGACGGAUCCAGGAGGUCGUUUCGGCUCGCAUUUAUACGAUCACUAAGGAGAUGGUGGAUUUAGAUUAUGCUGGUGUAAAUAUGAUUUCAAAAGUGGACUUCAGGACCAUCUGUGACCGCCACUUCAUGAGGCUCACAGAUAAACAAUUUGAAGAUUUGUGGAAAAUGUUGCCAACCAAUACCUUUGGAAACCUGGAUUAUCACAAGUUCCUGAAGAAGUUCAGUAGAAAACCGGUAGAUAAGGAAAGUACCAGAGGAUCACCUUCUCCCAAUCCAUCGGAGAUCGCACCUGUUGCUAUCUCGCAGUGCCCGAAAACAGCACCCUGUAUAAGCAAGUCAUUAAGCCCAGUGCAACUCAGUCCUUCUUCGGCAGUCUGUGGCCAAGCUACAGUGAGCACUUUGUUGAACUCUGAAGCUGUAGAGAGGAGACUGCGCUCCCAGAUCCGGUCAUGCUGGCGUGAGGUUCAGAGGAAGUGCAGGGAGGCUGACACAGGGAGCAAUGGGGAGAUUGAUGUAGAAACUUUCUUAGGCAUACUGCAGGAUUUCCAUAUUAGUCUAACACAUGCUCAGCUUGAGCAGCUGUCUGAGAAGUAUAACAUCAGAAGCAAAGAGCGUCUUUCCUACCCAGAAUUCCUGCAGCACUUUGUGCUCACACUCAAACCUCAAACCACCACUUUCAGCCGUAGACGCAAGCUGCGCAUACCUUCAACUAUGAGUUCAGAACCGCUUAGUAAGCAGUGCAUGGAUACCUUGCUAAGGCUGUGUCCGUCUGUCCAGCUUUACUGGAGGACCAUGAAGCAGGCGUUUAUCUCCUGUGACAAGAAACGCACAGGAAAGAUUUCUCUUCAGGAUUUCAGAAAAGUUUUGAGGCAGUACAACAUCGAUCUCUCAGAGGAAGACGUCUUUCGUCUUACAACUUGUUUUGAUAAGAACAUUACAGGACAGAUUCCAUACACUGAGUUUCUUAGCAUUUUACAAAAUUGA